AUGGAUGGUCAGAGCUUGGGAAGGUUCUGCGACUGUUCAGGUGCACCCACAUCGCAUAAUGGUGUAAGCAGCAUGCCCCUGUCAGUGCAGUGGGAUUUAUUGGGAAGAAUAUAUAUUUUGAGCCUGAUCUCAGUAGUGUCAAUAUUUUUCAUGAAUGUGUAUGCUGAGAAUACAUUUAACGUUUUAGAUUAUGGAGCAAAUGGUGAUGGAAACUCAAAUGAUUCCUUGGCAUUUGAGAAAGCUUGGGACGAAACCUGCAAUGCAAUGGAAGGCACACCAACCAUGAUUAUUCCAAAGGGAAAGACAUUUCUGGUGUAUCCCAUGACCUUCACUGGCCCUUGCAAAUCCAGUAACAUCAACAUCCGAUUGUCAGGAAUAGUGAAGGCUCCAGAUGAUCUUCAUUCAUGGCAAGCAUCUAAGAGGGGAAAAUGGCUGGUUUUUAAUGGCGUUUCAGGGCUAAAUAUCAGUGGCUUUGGCCUCAUUGAUGGAAGUGGAAAGAGGAGGUCAGAUAAUUCAUGCAAACUUAAACCCAUAGAGGCAGUGGGUUUUAGACAUUGUAGUGAUGUGCAUAUGACCGGAAUUUAUGUUGUGUGGAGUCCUUAA